AUGCCGACCGAACUCGAAGAGCUCGUGGAAUUCCUCCACCAUGGCAACACCCAGAUCAGACAAAUUGCCGUUGAGAACCUCGUCGGCUUCACUACCGCUCAGCCCGAUCUGUUCAAGCGCCACCAACUACUUCCUGUUCGCGAUUUGAUGCUUCUGGCCCGCGAUUACAGUCCAAUUGCGAAAAAUGCGUUGAUCAUGUUGGUCAAUUUGUCAGGCGAUGAAGAGAUUUUGAAACUUCUCGCUGAGGAUGACAAGUUUGUCGAGACUCUGCUUGUGAAAGUGACCAACCCCAAAGAGCCCAACGCCGAUGAAGUGGCUAUGCUUCUAGCCAACCUCGUCAAAAACGAAAAACUACAUGACCUGUUCUCUCUCAAGCGCAAAAUCCCCGAAUCUGUAUCUACAUCCGAGAACGCGGUCGAUCAAUUGAUGGACUGCUUCGUGAAGGGCGCCGAGGGUGAGCUCAACAAGCAUGCCAAUUACGACUAUUUGUCGUAUCUGUUUGCCGACUUGUCUCAGACAGAGAAGGGCCGGGCUUAUUUCACUCAACGCCAGGAAUAUGACGGAGUGGUUCCCAUCACCAAGCUGACAGUGUUCACUGAGCACCGAAGCGAUAUUCGGAGAAAGGGCGUUGCAUCCACAAUCAAGAAUGUGGCCUUCGAGGUUGAUUCGCACCCCAUGCUCUUCGCCGAGGAUGGGGCCAACCUUCUGCCUUACUUGUUGCUCCCGCUUGCAGGCCCAGAGGAGUUGGCGGAUGAGGAUUCAGCGGACAUGCUGCCAGACCUCCAGCUGUUGCCACCUGAUAAGCAAAGAGACAGCGACAAUACCAUCCUCACGACCCAUCUCGAGACCUUGCUUCUCCUAACCACAACUCGCGAGGGUCGGGAUACGAUGCGAGCGGUCAAGGUUUAUCCUUUGAUUCGUGAAACCCACUUGCAUGUUGAAGACGAGAAUGUACAAGAAGCCUGCGACCGGUUAGUGCAGGUCCUGAUGCGAGACGAGGAAGGCGAAGGCGAAGGCGAGCCCGAGCAACCUAAAAUCGAGCCACCUCAGAACGAGGAUGAGAAGGUUGUAGAAUUCCCUGGAGAGACGUUGUCUCCUACGAAGUAUAACAGCUUGGCAGGGAAGAUUAAUAUGCCGAUCAAUAUUCCCUUGCGGACGCGGAAGCUGUCUUGCCCCUCGACCCCGAGGCGCGAGUGGCUUCCCGCUGAAACGGAUCAAAUUGAUUCUGAUUUCGGUAAUUGUGCGGGCGACAAUGGAAAUUACGACACAGAGAUCGAUAACCUACCGUCCGACGUGAACCCCGACACAGGCAUUGCCCACCGUUCUAGGGCCUUCAUGUCGCGCGCCCCUCUCCUCCGCUCGCCGCCCACACUGGGUGCUUCCUCGUAUGGAGCAUUGCAAAGUGGAGAUGAAGAUUCGGAAGAUGAUGUCUCCAUUCAAAGUGCCGACAGAGGCUUGCAACGCACGAGCUUUGAAGAUGGCGUUGGAAGUUCUUCACGCAACGGCCCAAGGUCCACCCCACGAGGGUCACACUCAUUUGCUAGGCGGCGAAACAGUUUAUAUGCAGAGAGACGCAAUCGCCGGCCAUCAUCCGCCACAUCUGAUGUUGGCAUGGGUGCCGACUCGAAAUACUCGUUUGCCACUGGAUUAGCGGUGCCGGGUAACCCGGUCAUGCAGGACACACCGGCUUCUUCGCCAUACAUAACAAGUGACGACGAGAAUGUCUUCGACAUUGAUGAUGAUGAUUCAAAAUCCUCAGAUGAAGAUCCCCCAGAUAAUUCGCCGUAUGCCCAAGUACGAGCUUCGGUCCCGGCGACGGAUGAUAUCUCUCUUUCUAUCAACACUCCUCGGAUGUGGAUUCUGUCAUUGUUAUUUUCUUUGACAGGCUCUGCGGCCAAUCUUUUCUUUUCCUUGCGCUAUCCCAGUGUUGCCAUAACUCCGAUUAUUGCUCUUGUUCUAGUGCAUCCGCUGGGCAAGUUUUGGGACGUGCUUUUCAAACAAGUAGGUGAUCCCACUGAAGUCUUUGAGAAUGGAUCCCUUCAUCACAGGGAACCACUCACUGGCGAGAUCGAUGCCCCUCCCACCUCAAGGGUGUCCAGAACCAGACUCUGGUUUGCCCAGGGCCGCUGGAAUGAGAAGGAACAUGCUUGUGUCUAUAUUAGCAGCAAUGUUUCCUUUGGGUUUGCUUUUGCAACUGAUGUUAUUGUCGAGCAACAUAAAUUUUACAAGCAGGAUGUUCCAAUUCUAUACCAGCUCCUGCUCAUCAUAUCAACUCAAGUGUUGGGGUAUGCAUUCGCCGGUUUGACUCGACGAUUCCUUGUGCGACCAUCGGCUAUGAUUUGGCCAGGAACCCUGAUGUCCACUGCAAUGUUUUCUACAAUGCACAAGUCUGGUAACAGAAAGGCGAAUGGUUGGAGUAUCUCCAGAUAUAAAUUCUUCAUUGUUGUCUGGGCAGGGGCAUUUCUAUGGUACUUUGUACCGGGACUGUUGAUGCCUGCACUGAGUUAUUUCAAUGUGAUCACUUGGUUUGCACCGAAGAAUGUUGUGAUCUCAAAUUUGUUUGGUGUUGCCUCGGGUCUCGGGAUGUUUCCUUUGACCUUCGAUUGGGCCCAAAUUGCCUAUAUUGGCUCCCCAUUACUCACGCCUUGGUGGGCCGCUGCUAACAUUGUGACGGGGCUAGUGAUUGUCAUUUGGGCAGUCGCCCCAAUCCUUUAUUAUAAAAACGUUCUUUUCUCCGCAUAUAUGCCCAUACUUUCAACAGCAGUAUUCGACAAUACUGGGCGACCAUACAAAGUGGCUCGAAUCCUGACCGAGGACUUUUUGUUCGAUCAAAAAGCCUAUGAAGAUUAUUCUCCAGUGUACCUCCCAAUCACUUACGUGUUAUCUUAUGGUGUCCAAUUUGCUGCUUUGACAUCACUUGUUACCCAUACAGUUUGUUGGUACGGCAAAGACAUUUGGCAGCAGACCAGGAAGGCUUUCGAGGAAAGACGAGAUGUGCCGGCCAUGGAAACAUACCAGCCUCUCCGUGGAAGCAAUACUACGAGCCGACAGAGCUAUGACAUCUCACGAACGAGCUCUCGUGACCCGACUCGGGAAAUUCCAUUGGGAGGAGAAGAUGUUCAUUGUCGCUUGAUGAAGCGCUACAAAGACGCUCCCCUUACAUGGUAUCUUCUCGUACUUAUCUCGAUGCUCGCCAUCGCCACCUUCACGGUCGAAUACUCUGCACAAGGGAUCAAAUUUUCCUCAGACCUCAAACUUGGCCAUUACAUGAAGAUUCCACCACGAAUUCUGUUCGGUGUCCAGAUGAUGGCAACUUUGGUCUCGAGUAUGACCCAAAUUGGCGUGCUGAACUGGAUGUUCAAUUACAUCCCUGGACUCUGUACUCCCGAGGCCAUGAAUGGGUUUAAUUGCCCCAUUGCUCGCGUCCACUUCAACGGCAGCAUCCUUUGGGGAGUUGUCGGCCCGCAGCGAUUCUUUGGCCCAGGGGGCCUAUAUCGACCUCUUGUAUGGGCAUUUUUGGUAGGAGCCGUGGCCCCUCUGGGUGCGUGGCUCCUAGGCAGGCACAGCAAGAAGAGUUUCUGGCGUAUGGUCAAUUUCCCCAUCUUGUUUGGGAGUCUCAGCUGGAUCCCACCGGCAACUGGGCUCAACUUCUCCAUCUGGGCUCUUGUAUGCUUCAUAUUCAACUACGUGAUCCGACGCAGGAGAACCGCCUGGUGGGAGAAGUAUGCAAUGACGUUGUCAGCGGCCUUAGAUUCUGGCCUAGCUUUUGCAGUCGUCGUUGUCUUCUUUGCCUUCGUCUAUCCAGGCUGGGUUGAUAGUUUCCGAUGGUGGGGAACGGAGAUCUACAAACAGGGCUGUGAUUGGGUUGCUUGUCCAUAUAAAGAAUUAGAACCAGGUCAACGAUUCGGUCAGUAG